UUCUAAUCAUUCUUAAACGCAGUCGUAUUUAAAACGAUAGAGCUAUCAUAUUAAAAUGUAUCUCAGAAUAGUUAUUUUGGUUAUAACACUAGGGAUGUUCCUCUCUAUGGCAUCAGAUAUAAACCAACCCAACAACCUAGAUUCCUCUAUUAAAAAACUCAUCAAAAACGCAGUACCAGAUCAAGUGACACGUGACAUAUCAUUACAAGCACUCACACUCAGACUUGGAUAUUACUCCAUACUAAAUAUCCAGACAGCAGUUGAUAACGCCAUCGUCGGUAUAGGUGCAUUAAUAGCCUCGUUCAUCCCAGACAUCAACAUAUCGGAGUUUGUGACGAGUAUUCUGACACCUGUCAUUACAUACCUUGACACAUUGGCAAGUACGGUUCAGACCAUACCCGUUCUGUACUUUGUGGUAGAGGGUGUAUCGACUAUUUUAACCGUAGCGAAUACGACUAUCGGAGUUUUUAACUUUACCACAACUAAUGUUACAUCGGCUGUGAUCAUAGGGGUACAAACUGUCGUAGAUUCCAUUUUUACUAUAAUAGAAGGCCUUGUUAUUUGAACUGAGUAAUUUAGAUUAUUGCGAGUGCUACCACAGUGUAUUUUAAGAAAAGAUUUUGUAUAUUAGUGUCAGAGAGGCAGUGUGCGACGACUUUUUUUUAUUAUAUAAAUAUAUAAAUUUGACAGUAUUAUACAGUGUUUCCUUAUAAUUAAUA